AAAACGACCGGAGAUCGUUGGCCGACAAUCCUUCCUCCCACCCUCUACCUGCCGUUGAAAUCCAUAUAUCAGUUUACUAUUCAAUUACACCUAUCCGAUUGAUCCUUAGAUUCAAAGCAUUCUUGCUUGAUUUCUACAGUUCAACAACCCUAUAUCAAGUUAGCUGAAACCACCUCCAUCAUUCCCUCAACCUAUCACCAUCUUCAUCAACAACCAUCAGAAUCAGCUCUUCAUACUUGAAAGAUCGGAAGUCAUUUACAUCUCUCUCUCUCUCUCCCUGUGCGCUCAUACCACCGGAGUACCGGAGCUGUGGAGGAGCAGAGGAGGGGGAUUGAUUGGAGUAAGAUGAAAUUUCAGGUGUUGCAGCAGAGCCACGCCAAUCGUGGCCGGAGCAACAGCUGCAGAGGCGCAUCGCCGUUAGAUUCAUCCGCCGACGGCAGUGGCGGCACUACGAAAUCUGCAGCGGCGAUAUUCUGGAUAAUGCUUCACUGUUUAUGUUGCCUUAUUUCUCUUGUCCUUGGAUUCAGAUUCUCUCGUCUUGUUUUCUUCCUCCUUUUCUCAAGUUCUUCCACUAACAAUCUCUAUACCUCGACAUUGACGGCUCCGUUUGCCGCCGAUAUCGCCGAAACCCUGUCUUUCACCACUUCUCUUAGGAAUUUCUCACCGCCGCUUAAAACGGAUGCUGUAACGAGUAGUAGUAAUAGUAGAGUGGUGGUUGGCCGGCACGGGAUCCGGAUCCGGUCAUGGCCCCACCCGAAUCCGGAGGAGGUAAUGAAAGCUCAUAGAAUUAUGCAAACUGUUCAGAGGGAACAGAGGGUUCAGUAUGGGAUCAAAAACCCUAGAACUCUGAUUGUUGUCACUCCAACUUAUGUGCGAACCUUUCAAGCUUUACAUUUAACUGGAUUGAUGCACACGUUGACGAAUUUGCCCUACGAAGUCGUAUGGAUCGUGGUGGAAGCUGGUGGCGCCACCAAUGAAACGGCGGCGUUGCUGGCAAAUUCCAAACUUCAAAUUAAGCAUAUUGGGUACGGGAAGAAGAUGCCCAUUUUCUGGGAUGCUCGUCACAAACUGGAAUCCCAGAUGCGAUUGCAGGCUUUGAGAGUUGUGAGAGAAGAGAAGCUAGAUGGGAUUGUUAUGUUUGCUGAUGAUAGUAAUAUGCAUAGUUUGGAACUUUUUGAUGAGAUUCAAAAAGUCCAAUGGAUUGGUGCUCUUUCUGUUGGGAUUCUUGCUUAUUCCAGUCAUUCUGAUGAAGACCCUUUUGAGGCUCCAAAGAAUCUGAAUGAAUUAGAUGAGAAGAAAUCACCCUUGCCGAUCCAAGGUCCGGCUUGUAACUCAUCUGAUCAGUUAAUUGGGUGGCACACUUUUAACUCUAUUGCAUACCGACAAAAGAGUGCGAAUUACAUUGGUGAUAUGGCAAUUGUGUUGCCCCGGAAGCUGGAGUGGUGUGGGUUUGUGAUGAACUCGAGGUUGGUGUGGGAAGAAUCUGAGUUCAGACCGGAGUGGAUCAAGGAUUUGGACAUGGUGGCGACCGGCAAUGGAGAAAUUGAGAACCCUCUUUCUUUCCUUAAAGACUCUUCUAUGGUGGAGCCAUUAGGCAGUUGCGGAAAGAAAGUGAUGCUAUGGUGGCUCCGUGCUGAGGCUCGUGCAGAUAGCAAAUUUCCUGCCGGAUGGAGAAUUGAGCCUCAGUUAGAGGUGACAGUGGCGGCUAAGAGAACGCCAUGGCCUGAUGCACCCCCUGAGCUCCCAUCUAAAGUCAUCCUAGAAAACGGGCAGAAGAACGCAACAAAAACUCAGACACAAAGAUCAAGACGCAGUUCACGAGGCAAGAGAAAACACGAACGUCUCUCAGCCAGAAUUUCCAGAGAAAGAACCGAGAAGUAGACUUUUGGUGUUGAUUUGAUACAGAAUUAUUAUAUUCAAGAUCCAAAUUCCCCAGUGGAUGGAUGGUAGUUGUUUUUCUAAAGUUUUGAUUUUGAUUUGAUUUGAUUCAAUUAAAUUCGUUGUUAUUGGUGUUUGUGAAAGGGAAAGAAGCAGCUUGUUAUUAUAUAGUCUUUGUUUAUUUUCAGGAACUAAAAAGAUUUUGUGUUCAUAGAUCCCACCAGUUCAGUUGAGUAGUUAUUGCCUAAAAUGUACACCUAUACUUGCAUGGAAUAUUGUUUGAAGCUUAA